GUCCUCCAGCUGCCAUACAGCCUUUCCAUUUCAAACUUACACCGAGCCCCUCCUGUGACUUCUCUCCUGUUAGUGGAGUCCUCCUCCCAGGGCUUCCCCCAGGUGAACACACGCAGAGAUUACGCCCAGUCAGGCGCUGCAGGGGGAUGACUGGAAGAAGUUGGGUUGUCCAGAGAAACCGGCGGUUCUGACGGUGCUGUUUUAAGAGGAGAGGCGCAGACCUCCAGAAGACACCAUGAUGUCUGCCGUAGAGACUGGUGUGUACCAGCCCGCGCAGCUUCUCAGCUGGGUCUACAUGUCCUUACAAGACACGCCGAGUAGCGCUUUUGACGGCUUCAAAGUCGAGUCGGACUCCUCUCCUCUGGACGUGAGCACCUCCAAGCGCAGCGCAGCUGAUCUGAGCUCCAACUAUCUCAACAACUUCUUCCAUCUGAGCAGUGAGAGCUUGAACAAUAAUUUCUACAAGAGGACUUCACCUUAUGGAUCUCUCAACAAUAUUGUGGAUGGCCUGAGCUCACUGGCAGACCAUUUCUCAGACCUUUCCCUGUCUCCUGAGACACGGAAGCCCAGCAAAAGGCCGCCACCCAACUACCUAUGCCACCUUUGUUUCAACAAAGGACACUACAUCAAAGACUGCCCUCAGGCUCGACCCAAAGGCGAGGGCCUGACCCCUUAUCAGGGAAAAAAGAGGUGUUUUGGAGAGUAUAAAUGUCCAAAAUGCAAGAGGAAGUGGAUGAGCGGGAACUCCUGGGCCAACAUGGGACAAGAAUGUAUCAAGUGCCACAUCAACGUUUACCCUCACAAGCAGAGACCUCUGGAGAAGCCGGAUGGGUUGGAUGUGUCUGACCAGAGUAAAGAGCAUCCACAACACCUGUGUGAAAAAUGCAAAGUCCUUGGCUACUACUGCCGCCGAGUGCAAUAACACAUUCAGUUUGCCUAACACACUGCUCCAAAGCUUCACGAAACACACAUAGCUACGACAGCUAUGUUUUAGUUACUAAAGCUACAACAUCUAUAGUGCAGUAAUGCAUCUCACGCUUUCAUGAAAUACCCUCUGACUCUGGUUCCAGUAGUAUCAGUGGAGAUGAGUACUUUGUGUUUGCUGGGUUCUUGUAAGCUACUCGGUUUUCAUUAUGUGAAUAUUCAUUUGAAGUCUGAACUUUGAGCCAACUGUGAAUUAAGAAACUUCACUUUCUUCACUUGUGAGCAACUUCUUGGAACAGCUUUCAUAUAGAGGUUCUUUUACAUGUGUGUAUAUUUCAGAAAUAACUUAAAUGUUUUUGUAUAAAAUAUGCAAGUCUGCCAAGACGGUUAUGCAGUAAUAAUGUAUAUCUGCCUCUGUAUUAUUAGUAUUGGUGGGUACAUCAUUUUUCUAAUAUAUGUUUUAAGCCAUACUAUUAUGUUGAAUAUUACUCUUUGUGAAGGAAUAUAUUAGUCAACUAACAUUAAGUUCUUUUAUACUAUGUGCUAGUUUAUGGGGAAAACACUCGUCAGGUAGUUUGUCGCUCCAAAGUUUUAAAUAAAUAUGCAGUGUAGAAAUUUUUCUAAUAGUAACUUACAGCAACUGUAUUUUGGCACCCAGUGCUAAAAGACUCGCCAAAGUGCUUAUGGUCAUAAUGUAGUAUAUAACAUGUGACAGUAAAAAAAAAGUGAAUGUAACAAACAGUGAUAAGUGAAGGGUUGCAUGUGAGUGGUGCUUUUCAGGGUAUUUUUCACUGGACUUGCUAAUAAAUGAGUAUGGAACAGAAAUACCCUUUAACUUGUAAACUGUGUUAAAUUUAAUGUGCCUUCAUUUGUAUAACCCAUGAGAUGGAUGCUUCUCUAUUGAAAUAUUUGCAUUAAAAUUUAUUUAAACGUGA